AUGGCGCGUACGAGGGGUCUCAGGAGGUUGUUUGCCUCGUUUGUAUUUGGACUGGGGGACCUCAUCUGGAUGCCGGGGCAUAAUCCGCGGAGAAGAGCACCCCGGGACAUGCAGAAUUACAGACAUGGCUAUCCGGACAAGUCACCCAAGCCAAACCUUCUGUUCUACCAGAACAAGAUACGCUUUGAGCCUGAUGGAGAAUACAUAGACUACAUCCAUGAACGUUGGUGCAAUGAAUAUGAGACGCUAGAGAUGAACCAUAACUUCAUUCAAUGGCUGUUUCCUCUUCGGGAGCGCGGUGUGAACUGGUUAGCCACUCCCCUCACUCUGAGCGAGAUUGAGUUGAUGAAGAAGGAUAAAAAGGUCAUGGCGAGGAUUCUUAAGUCAUACAAACUCAUGCUGGGAUUUUAUGGGAUUGUAUUGGUGGACGCCGACACAGGCAUGGUCGCCCGGGCAGAAGACAACUGGGAGGAUAGAUUUUACAACCUGAACAAUCACACACACAACAGCUUGCGGAUCACAAGGAUAUUGAAGUGUCUGGGGGAGAUGGGCUACGAAAAACUACAGGCCCCACUGGUGAGGUUUUUCCUGGAGGAGACCCUGUGCAAUGGCAAUCUACCAAAUUUGAAAGAAAGUGCUUUGGACUAUUUCAUGUUCACUGUGAAGGAAAAGAAAGAACGGCAAAAGCUGGUGCACUUUGCUUGGAUGAACUACGAACCACAAGAAAUGUUUAUUUGGGGGCCUGUGGACAAGCUCAGAAAGUUUAAUCCUCUGCCACAAGAUGCUGAGUCAAAAUGGGAGCCUGACGUUCCAGGAGAGGUCAAAGUGCAAAUAGACAGUGAAGUCUCUGGAAGUUUGUAA